GCCGGUUCCCUUUCCGAGCGUCCGCGCCCCGCAUGCGCAGUCUGCGUCGGCGGUCUCCGUUUGUUUGAACAGGAAGGCGGACAUAUUAGUCCCUCUCGGCCCCCCUCGUCCCACCCCCGCCAGGCAUUCGCCGUCGCGACUCGCCCUUUUCCCGGCCGGGACUGCAGUCCCUCCCAGAAGCUGCCCCAUCAGCAGCCGCUGUGACCCGGGUAUCGUCCGUCUUGCUGCCCGCUCUACCACCCGUUCCUACUCUCCAUCGGGCAGCGACCUCGCCCUGCUCCGCCGGACACAGAGGCAGCAACUCCAGCUGAAGCGACGGGGCAAAAUGGGAGAGUGAAGGUGUCUUUGGAGGACUAACUCUGGGCUGAGACGGAUCGGUGCGUCGGGCCGUGUUGAAGAGCCGGAGAUGCGGGGCUAGACCGCCUCGAGCGCCUCAGAGCUGAGCGGGCCCGUGCCGGGGCCCAAACGGAGGCUGCAGCUGGCACCACUGCCCACCCGCCCUUCGCUCUCGCCUUUCCUCUUCUCCCUCCCGGGCUGCCCCGCGGGAGUCCCCACCCUGCUUCCCUUUCUCUCCCUUCUCCUGCCCACCCCGGGCCGGGAGCCCCUGCCGGGCGAAGGUGGCCGAGGCCCGCUAGGCUGAAGCAGCUCGCGGGAGCGGCGAGGCUGGUGGCGACGGCGCUGGGGGCUGUCGUGAGGGGCUGCCGGGUGGGAUGCGACUUUGGGCGUGCGAGCGGCUGUGGGUCGCCGUCGUCCCCGGCCCGGGGUCUGGAGAGCCGAGGUGCCCUCAGUGAGGGGCAGGAGGGGGAACUGGACGCUCCUGGUGACCCUGAGGUUCCGGCUCCUCUGCCCGGCGGCUGGGAACCCACCGCGGAGGAAGUUGGGUGAAAUCGUUUUCCGCUGCUGGUGCUGGUACGAGGGUAUUGUCACAGCAGCAACAUGUCGACUGGGGACAGUUUCGAGACUCGGUUUGAAAAAAUCGACAACCUGCUGCGGGAUCCCAAAUCGGAAGUGAACUCGGAUUGCUUGCUGGAUGGAUUGGAUGCUUUGGUGUAUGAUUUGGAUUUUCCUGCUUUAAGAAAAAACAAAAAUAUUGACAACUUUCUAAGCAGAUAUAAAGACACAAUAAAUAAAAUUAGAGAUUUACGAAUGAAAGCUGAAGAUUAUGAAGUAGUGAAGGUGAUUGGUAGAGGUGCAUUUGGAGAAGUUCAAUUGGUAAGGCAUAAAUCCACCAGGAAGGUGUAUGCUAUGAAACUUCUCAGCAAGUUUGAAAUGAUUAAGAGAUCUGAUUCUGCUUUUUUCUGGGAAGAAAGAGACAUCAUGGCAUUUGCUAACAGUCCUUGGGUUGUUCAGCUUUUUUAUGCAUUUCAAGAUGAUCGUUAUUUGUACAUGGUCAUGGAAUACAUGCCUGGUGGAGAUCUUGUAAACUUAAUGAGCAACUAUGAUGUGCCUGAAAAAUGGGCACGCUUCUACACUGCAGAAGUGGUUCUUGCAUUGGAUGCAAUCCAUUCCAUGGGUUUUAUUCAUAGAGAUGUGAAGCCUGAUAACAUGCUGCUGGAUAAGUCUGGACAUUUGAAAUUAGCAGAUUUUGGUACUUGUAUGAAGAUGAAUAAGGAAGGUAUGGUACGAUGCGAUACGGCAGUUGGAACACCUGAUUAUAUUUCUCCUGAAGUACUAAAAUCCCAAGGUGGCGAUGGUUAUUAUGGACGGGAAUGUGACUGGUGGUCAGUUGGAGUAUUUUUAUAUGAAAUGCUUGUGGGUGAUACACCUUUUUAUGCUGAUUCUCUGGUUGGGACUUACAGUAAAAUUAUGAACCAUAAAAACUCACUUACCUUCCCUGAUGAUAAUGACAUAUCAAAAGAAGCAAAAAAUCUAAUUUGUGCAUUCCUUACUGAUAGAGAAGUGAGAUUAGGGCGAAAUGGCGUAGAAGAAAUCAAACGACAUCUUUUCUUCAAAAAUGACCAAUGGGCUUGGGAAACACUCCGAGACACUGUAGCACCAGUUGUGCCUGAUUUAAGUAGUGAUAUUGAUACGAGUAAUUUUGAUGACUUGGAAGAAGAUAAAGGAGAUGAAGAAACAUUCCCUAUUCCUAAAGCUUUUGUUGGCAAUCAGCUACCUUUUGUCGGAUUUACAUACUAUAGCAAUCGUAGGUAUUUAUCUUCAGCAAAUCCUAAUGAUAACAGAACUAGCUCCAGUGUGGAUAAAAGUUUGCAAGAAAAUUUGCAGAAAACUAUCUACAAGCUGGAAGAACAGCUGCAUAAUGAAAUGCAGUUAAAAGAUGAAAUGGAGCAGAAGUGCAGAACUUCAAACAUAAAACUAGACAAGAUAAUGAAAGAAUUGGAUGAAGAGGGAAAUCAGAGAAGAAAUCUGGAAUCUACAGUGUCUCAAAUUGAGAAGGAGAAAAUGUUACUACAGCACAGGAUUAAUGAGUACCAAAGAAAAGCCGAACAGGAAAAUGAGAAAAGGAGAAAUGUGGAAAAUGAAGUUUCUACUUUAAAGGACCAGUUGGAAGACUUAAAAAAAGUCAGCCAAAAUUCACAGCUCGCUAAUGAAAAGCUGGCACAAUUACAAAAGCAGCUAGAAGAAGCCAAUGACUUACUUAGGACAGAGUCAGACACUGCUGUAAGAUUAAGGAAGAGUCAUACAGAAAUGAGCAAAUCCAUCAGUCAACUGGAGUCCCUGAACAGAGAAUUGCAAGAGAGAAAUAGAAUUUUAGAGAAUUCAAAGUCGCAAACAGAUAAGGAUUAUUACCAGCUGCAAGCUGUGUUAGAAGCUGAACGAAGAGACAGAGGUCAUGAUUCUGAAAUGAUUGGAGACCUUCAAGCUCGAAUUUCAUCUUUACAAGAGGAGGUGAAGCUUCUCAAACAUAAUCUUGAAAGAAUGGAAGUAGAAAGGAAAGAGGCUCAAGACAUGCUUAAUCAUUCAGAGAAGGAAAAAAAUAAUUUGGAGAUUGAUCUAAACUACAAACUUAAGUCAUUACAACAGCGACUAGAACAAGAGAUGAAUGAACACAAAGUAACAAAAGCUCGUUUAACUGACAAACAUCAAUCUAUUGAAGAGGCAAAAUCUGUUGCAAUGUGUGAAAUGGAAAAAAAGCUGAAAGAAGAGAGAGAAGCUCGGGAGAAGGCUGAAGAUAGGGUUGUUCAGAUCGAGAAGCAGUGUUCCAUGCUGGAUGUGGAUCUCAAGCAAUCUCAGCAGAAACUGGAGCAUUUGACUGAAAAUAAAGAAAGGAUGGAGGAUGAAGUUAAAAAUCUGACUCUACAGCUAGAGCAGGAAUCAAAUAAGCGACUGUUGUUACAGAAUGAAUUGAAGUCUCAAGCAUUUGAAGCAGAUAAUUUAAAAGGUUUAGAAAAGCAGAUGAAACAGGAAAUAAAUACUUUAUUGGAAGCGAAGAGAUUAUUAGAAUUUGAGUUAGCUCAGCUUACCAAACAAUACAGAGGAAAUGAAGGACAAAUGCGGGAGCUACAAGACCAGCUUGAAGCUGAGCAAUACUUUUCGACACUUUAUAAAACUCAGGUAAAGGAACUUAAGGAAGAGAUUGAAGAAAAAAACAGAGAAAAUUUAAAGAAGAUACAAGAACUACAAAAUGAAAAGGAAACUCUUGCUACUCAGUUGGAUCUAGCAGAAACAAAAGCUGAGUCAGAGCAGUUGGCUCGGGGACUUCUAGAAGAACAGUAUUUUGAAUUGACCCAAGAAAGUAAGAAAGCUGCUUCAAGAAAUAGACAGGAGAUUACAGAUAAAGAUCACGCUGUUAAUCGGCUUGAAGAAACAAACAGCAUGCUAACCAAAGAUAUUGAAUUAUUAAGAAAAGAAAAUGAAGAGCUAAGUGAUAAAAUGAGGAAAGCAGAAGAAGAAUAUAAGCUACAGAAAGAAGAAGAAAUCAGUAAUCUUAAGGCUGCCUAUGAGAAGAAUAUCAAUACAGAGCGAACCCUUAAAACACAGGCUGUUAACAAGUUGGCAGAAAUAAUGAAUCGCAAAGAUUUUAAAAUUGAUAGAAAAAAAGCUAAUGCGCAGGAUUUGAGAAAAAAAGAAAAGGAAAAUCGAAAGCUGCAAUUGGAACUCAACCAAGAAAGAGAAAAAUUCAACCAGAUGGUAGUAAAACAUCAGAAGGAACUGAAUGACAUGCAGGCGCAAUUGGUGGAAGAAUGCACACAUAAGAAUGAACUUCAGAUGCAGUUAGCUAGCAAAGAGAGUGAUAUUGAACAACUACGUGCUAAACUUUUGGACCUUUCGGAUUCUACAAGUGUUGCCAGUUUUCCUAGUGCUGAUGAAGCUGAUGGAAAUCUUCCAGAGUCAAGAAUUGAAGGUUGGCUUUCUGUACCAAAUAGGGGAAAUAUUAAGCGAUAUGGCUGGAAAAAACAGUAUGUUGUGGUAAGCAGCAAAAAAAUUUUGUUCUAUAAUGAUGAACAGGAUAAGGAGCAAUCUAAUCCGUCCAUGGUACUGGACAUAGAUAAAUUGUUUCAUGUUCGACCUGUAACUCAAGGAGAUGUAUACAGAGCUGAGACAGAAGAAAUUCCUAAAAUAUUUCAGAUACUAUAUGCAAAUGAAGGUGAAUGUAGAAAAGAUGCUGAGGUGGAACCAGUACAACAAGCUGAAAAAACCAAUUUCCAGAAUCACAAAGGCCAUGAGUUCAUUCCUACGCUCUACCACUUCCCCGCCAACUGUGAGGCCUGUGCCAAGCCUCUGUGGCAUGUCUUCAAGCCACCUCCUGCCCUAGAGUGUCGCAGGUGCCACUUCAAGUGCCACAGAGACCACCUGGAUAAGAAAGAGGACUUAAUCUCUCCAUGUAAAGUGAGUUACGAUGUAACGUCAGCCAGAGAUAUGCUGCUCCUAGCCUGCUCUCAGGAUGAACAAAAAAAAUGGGUAACUCACUUAGUGAAGAAGAUCCCUAAGAAUCCACCGUCUGGUUUCGUCCGUGCCUCCCCUCGAACGCUUUCUACCAGAUCCACUGCAAAUCAGUCUUUCCGGAAAGUGGUCAAAAAUACAUCUGGAAAAGCUAGUUAACCGUGUGACCUACUGCUUCAUGGAAUCAUGUGGACUGGUACCUGAUAAACCAGGCUUCUUUAACCAAGCAGAGCAGACAGGCUGUUUCUUUCACACAGUAUCACAGGCUUCAGGGUUAUGAUUGCUGUUAUUCUGUCCUUGCUUUGGCACAAAAGCACACUGAGGGAAAAAAAAAAAUUUUUUUUUUGCGGGUUUGCCUACAGGUAGAUUAGAUUAAUUAUUACUAUGUAAUGCAAAUACAAUUGGGGGAAGCUUAGCUAGAUUUUUUUUUUUUAAAAAAAAAAAGGUGCUGCCUUUUUGAAUUUUUAGAAAACGCCUGUCAAUUGUGAUAGAACAGUUUUCCUCAUCUGCGUGAGAAGGGACUUUCACUUUCAAGUGGAACGGCCAUCACUAUCAAGAUCAGCUCAUGGAAGGAGUAAAGAAAAUAUCUCAAAAUGAGACAGACUGAAAAUUUUUUUAUGACUUAAGUUUUUGUGCUCUUGCAAGACUAUACUAAACUAUUUUCAGAAGGCAGUGGUAUCACUUGAACUUCAGUGCCCACACUGUAGAAUUUAAAAAGCCUUACUGUUGAUUUCCCUGGUGGACUUAAUGGAGAAAUUUAAUAGCUUACAUUUUGCUUUACAGAAUACUGUAUAUGUCUCAGCAAGUUUGUAGAAUGGGGAAUGGGAAAGACAAGAAAAUUACAUUUAAUCUAUGCAUUUUGCCAAGCCAUAUUGAGUUCUUUUACUACUAGAGACAUUAGGAACUAACUGUACAAAAGAACCAAGUUUCAAAGCGUUUUGUGGACUACAUCAUGCCUGUAAUUGUAUAAUGUAUUUCCUUGUGGUUUUAAGUGAUAAAGACAUUAAGUUAACAAACAUAAAAAUGUAUGCACUGUUUGGAAUGUAAAUUAUUCUUAGAACACUUUCAAUGGGAGUUGAAUUGCCCUUUUAGUGCCUUAAUUUGAGAGAAUUAUUUUACUGCCAUGAGUAAACAUAGGAAUUUCAGAAAACAUUUUCAAAAGGUUACGUAUGACAGUAGGUUUUUCAUUGAUAAUUGGUUUAAUUAUUUAGAGGUUUGUUGGCCUUUGAUAAAUUAAGUACAAUCUUUGCAUCAGACUACCUGCUACAAUGUUAAAUGUCUUAAUAAAACUGUCUGCAAAAUGUAGAAGGCUGCACCAGUAUAAAAAAAUUAUGGUAACACUUUAUGAUGUUUUCCAGUUAACAUAGGAAUUACAAGAUAAAUACUGUUAAACUCUUACCCAGUUACAAGAGUUGACUCAUAAGGGCAGUAUGAUUUAUUGUUUAUUUUUUUAACCAAAUACCUCCUCAGUAAUUUAUAAUGGCUUUGCAGUAAUGUGUAUCAAAUAAGAAGCACUGGAAAACUGAUCGUCUCUAGGAUGAUAUGCAUGUUUCAAGUGGUAUUAAAAGCCGCACUGAUGGAUAUGUAAUAAUAAACAUAUCUGUUAUUAAUAUGCUAAUGACUCUGCUCAUUUAAUGAGAAAUAAAAGUAAUUUAUGGAUGGAUACCUAUAA